UAGUUUCGAGGAGGAGACAUGAAUGUGGAUGUCACUGUUCUCCAGUCUGUUAGUUUAAAAUAUUUUUACUUCAUUGAUUUUUUAGUAUUAAACGCUAUACAAAUAGGCUGUUAUUAGCUAUUUCACCCGGACAUCCCAUCCCGCCCCGUUUAAACUGUCUUGUGUACGCUGACAUUUUUUUUCUUUUUUCAUUCCCCUUUCAAUUCGUUUUUUCCCCCGCUGAGAGACCGUGUAGGGUAGCUACCGUUAGGCCUAUCCCAAAAAGAGAAGACACUGUGCAGACCUUCAGAUUCAUAGCUAUAUGAACAUCCUAUCAGAACGCUGCUGAAACGGAGUCCUGAGCGGGUAGCUAAAACUGGCUGCAGCCCACCUCUACCGUGGCUUGAGAAAGUUUCUAUUCGUGGAUGUGUUGCCUUUCAUUUUAACUGCGGGUUGCGCCGUCUUCCAAUUGCUUUAUACGUGGCUAAUCAGGGAAGCACCUCCCCGUGCGCCUUACUGACAGAUCUGGAAUUCAUUGCCACUGCAUAUGUACAAUGUGCAUUUUUGGUUGAACGCGGUCCUAUAACUGGGGAGGGUACUCCGGCUUGUCCAAGGGGCCCCCUCCUCCAUCUUCUGUUCCAUCUACGCCUGCUGCUUCAGCGUCGGAUUGAGAAUCAUGCCGAAGCACUCGGAAGGAUACUCGGUUCCUUCGUGGAGCUUUGUGGCUGGUUUGUGACUGGAUGUGCGGCGAUUACCUAUUUGCAUACUCUUGUAGACCACAAAUAAAAAUUAAUAUCGUAAUUCAAAUUUGCGUUGAACAAAAAAGGAUUACAUAAUAUUCAUUCAAUGUUUGAUCAGGCCACGAGUAUGGGCGAUGUUGUCGCCGAGGACAGAAACCACCACUGUGGAUCCAACUCUCACUGUCGCGAUCGGGCGAAAGACAAAUGUCGCACCGAACUUGGAAAUCGGUCUCCAGCGCAGAGCACCAUCGACACCCCUGGGACAUCUGCAUCCACUCCGACCUCUUCCAGUGAAGACGGGCAUGACAAACUUUUAGGAGUGGACCCCGACUACUGCAGAAGAAUACUAGUAAGGGAUGCCAAGGGGACAAUCCGGGAGAUCGUUCUGCCAAAGGGUCUUGACCUCGACCGACCAAAACGUACACGUACCUCUUUUACUGCGGAGCAGCUGUACCGUCUUGAGCUGGAGUUCCAGCGGUGUCAGUACGUGGUUGGACGGGAACGCACAGAACUGGCGAGACAACUCAACCUUUCGGAGACCCAGGUUAAGGUCUGGUUCCAGAACCGCCGCACCAAGCAGAAGAAGGACCAGACCAAGGACACGGACAAGCGCGCCUCGUCCACCUCCGAGUCCCUGGCCACCUGCAACAUCCUGCGGCUGCUGGAGCAGGGCAGGCUCCUGUCGGUCCCCGUGCCCCCCAACCCGCUCCUGGCCCCCCGCGCGGGGAACGGCUCCAUCCUGGCCAACCCCAGCGGCUCCUCCCCCGGCGUGAGCAGCACGCCGCCCGGCGGGGGCGCGGGCGGGGCCUUCGGGCUCUCGCUGCCCCCCCUGGGAACCCCGCCCUCGCCCCGCCUGGCCGCGCCCCCUCUCUGCUUCUCCAUGCCGCUGCUGGGCGGCAGCCAGGACCUGCCCUCGGGGUACGGGUGCGGCUCCUCGGCCUUCGAGCCGUACUCACGGAUUGAGAGGAAGGAGGCGGAACUGAACGCAAAGAAGAGCGCGUCCUAAGGAGCCACGCCCACCUCCCCCAAACCCCGCCCCCGGCCCGCCCCUCCACCUGCUGCCUGUGUUGCUGAGAGGGAGGGGGGAGAGCCAGGAGGGAGGAGUGCUGGACUGUGGUCCUGCUUGCCCCACCCUGACCCAGCCACACACACACACACACACACACACUCACACACCUACAUACACGCACACUCACAUACACACUCACACGCACACACACACACGUACGGACGCACAAAUGCUCACAGACGCUCGCGCAUACACGUGCACACACACGCACACACACGCACUCGGCACAUACGGACAAGCACUCACAGGUGCACACGCACGCAUACACACACACAGGGUCCGGAACACGAGGCGUUACUGGGGAAGCUGCAGAACAGCCUGCUGUCUGUUUUUGAAGUGAUGUCUGUAUGUGUUGUGAGGAAGGUGGUUUGGUGUGUUUUUUUUCAUUUUGUUUCUUAAGAAACUCAUUCCUCGACAUUCUUUGAAAUAGUCUUCACUCUGCCUGUGCCCGUGGUUGGUGUUUUCCUUUUCUCGGCUGUCUUUUUCAUCUUUCUGAAUCUCUGCAAAGCUAGGAUGCAGGGCCCAAAGACCUCUCAGAGGAAGAGAAUUGUCUGUAUCUCAGUGAUAGCCUCGCAUUAAUAACCUUAUUGUUCUUACGCUAUACAAUGGCGCUGAACCCAGGUAUCAUAAAGUAAUGGCAGAGAAGAGGAAACUAAGUCCUUCAUAAGAACACAUUGUUCCCAGGGUACACGCUGACCUGGAGCAAAAACUGCAGUCCUUCCCUCUGCUAAGUUUGGCUGUUUGUUUUUGUGUGUGUGUUUGUGUGCGUGUGUGUGCAAGUGCGUGUGUGUGCGUACUUGCAUGCGUGUUUGUGUCUUUGUUGUUGUUGUAGUAUCAUAACCCAUAAAAUGUCACUGAAAAUCAGGGUACAUGAGUAAUGACCACCAGGACUUCAUUACCCAGGUUUCCUUGUGCUUAUGUGGAGCUAUCUCCUCACUGAAAGGCAGUUCUGUAUGGGGGGGGGUGGAAUAUUUCCGAUUAAUCGGGAAAUACAGAUUUUUCCGACAUUUAAAUGGUUCCACUUUUAUUAGGGUUUAUUGCUGAACCUUCUGUCCUGCUAUCAGCGGACAGAGUACAGAAAGGUUGUGAUACUCGUGACGUGAUACCCACGUGCUCCACCUCUGGCUGAGACGUGUGCGUUUUGAAGAUCCUGAUUAAUCGGGAAAAUCACACCCCUGGGUAUGCGCUGUGAACCUCUGACUCCCCUGUCCUUCCGCCAUAGUGUAAGAAAGGACUGAUAUUCCUGCUGGCCCAGACACACACCACUAAAACAUCAGGUCAACAUUGUGCCCCUUUCAAAACCCGUCCCCAAAUGACCAUGACAGCCUAUAAUGUUGGCCAUUCUGCAUUUUUGUCUCUGUAUACUAGUAGUUUUUGGUCUGUAUUUAGCACAUUGAAACCAAUGGCAGCAUUUCCGUGCACUUUGUCAGUUGCGUACUGUAUUUGGUCCGUCAUUUCAUUGCGAGUCACAAAGCUGCUCUUUGCUUUGGCACAUGCCGUGCAUAUACUCCGAAAAUCCGGCAAUUCAAUUUUGUCCCCUGUAGGGGACACGAGUCUCUGGUCUUAAUUUCAAGAACCAUAUUUUUUACUAUUCUGAAGCCUACACAGUACAAGGGACAUUCAAUAGUAUAAAUAAUAUUUUUGAAAAUAUUUUCACUGCAACAUGUUUUUGUCAUCCAAGACAGUUGUAUUGUGUCCCAAAAAAUGUAUAUACUUUUUUUUCUGCCGGUUCUCAGGAGGAUAUGCUGUCACAUCACUUCUGAUCACAAUACACUCACAACGUGCCACAUUGUGAUACAGGGCAGUAUCAUGAUUCUUGUCGUGAUACUGAUUCUCGUCAUGAUCCUGCUCUGCCUUUCUUACUACUAUUCCUAAAUCAAGGUUUUUCUAAAAAAAAAAAAAAUGUUCUUUUUGAUGAAUAUUUGUGAUUGUUGUUCUGAAUGGAAGGUAGUAUUUCUUGGUGUCCAACUUCUCCGUUGUGUUUGACCUGAAAUCUUCGACGCUCACAAACGAAUUUCCGUACUACAGCAUGGCAACUCUUCCGCGUGUCAGACACAUUUAAAGCCCACUCUCUCUCUUCUUUCUACUGUCAUUAAUGCACUUUACUGUCAUUUAUUAUUUUUUCACUCUGCAGUAUUAAAAUGUGCUGGGUUCUACUCGGAAAGGAGCCAAGAGUAAAGGAUCUUUCCCUUCCUUUUCCACUCCCAAUCAUAAGGAAAAGCAGUUUAAAAAGCAGUGAUGGCUUUUUAUUUUAGGUUAGUGGUUGAAGCAUCUCCAGAACAAUCCGGAAUCUCAUCCCGAGUGGUGGUUUACAGCUCCUCUCCCAUUGGCUGAAGGAAAAAAUAAAAAAAGUGAAUAAGAGAAAAGGUCUGAUUAAUGCACUUUUUAACCUGAAUCUCAGUGUGAGAAGAGGCUGAGCGCCGUGUGUGAGGCUGCAGAGGCGCUCUGAGCUGGCUCCUUUUGGGUUCGGCUCGGUGGUUUAUGUCCUGUGCGCUCGCUUGUUCUGUUUGUGCUGUCCGUCCGGUUGCUUUACCCCCGUGUUCUUUGGUGUCCCGUUCUGCAAAGUGUUGGUGGUUAUACUGACAGGAGUAUGACUUUCAGUGACAUCAAAGACAUCAGUGUCUUCUCUGCAUUUCAGCUUACCCCCACCCCCACCCCACCGCAUCCUCUAGUCAAGGUCUGAACUCUCCAUUCAAGCCUCUGCACCUAAUUGCAGCCAAUACCAAAUACGAAUAAGGAUUUUUCAAUGUCAUUCGCUAAAGCCACAAUAGGCCACCGCGAUUGGCGUGAGCCCUAAGCCAGUCAUAGCGGAGCGAGUGCCGUAGCACCCCACGGGUCCCCGCUGCGAUAUGGCGUGUCCCAUCGCCAUAGAAACAGUCGUGGUCUCCUCUUCGUGCCAUGGUCGAGCUGUGCCGUUGUUCAACAGUAUGUUUGAUUACACAAGCAGUAUCCAUAAUGCAAGCGCCCCGCUAUGAAAUAUUGAAGCUAAGAGGGACGAGCGAUGAUUCGUAUCUCCAUGGAAGCCCUUACAUUUUGCUUUUCUUAACUUAUACAACUUUCCAGCCCCCAGUACGCUUUUUUUAAUGUUCUUUGCACAUGAGAAGGGUUAAGCGGUCUUGGGUGUUUCCCUUGCACUGACUUUGAUAUACAGCACAGGACCGGUCAUCUUUCCUGCGAGACGAGAUCAUGUGCAUUUGACAGCAGGUUUCAGACCUUGCGCUAGGCUUUGGGUUACUCUUUCAGCUAAGCAGAGCACUCCCUAUCCUGACUACCUACCUGUAUACCUGCAUGCGCUCACAUCUGAAGCUGCUUGCUUGUAUUUGUAUUCGCAGAGGCACACUGCACGCCACACGAUUUGCACACAACAACGGAACUGAAUAUGAGUGGGUGGAGAGGUCCUUUUUCUCGGCGAGAUAUGGAACGGAACAGAUUCUCUUUCUCAGAGAGAUAUGGAACAGGACAGAGGUCGUCUUUCUGAGUGACAUAUGGAACAGAAUAGAGAUUCUCUUUCUCAGAGAGAUAUGGAACAGGACAGAGGUCGUCUUUCUGAGUGACAUAUGGAACAGAAUAGAGAUCCUCUUUCUCAGUGAGAUAUGGAACAGAACAGAGAUCCUCCUUCUUAGUGUGAUAUGGAACUGGACAGAGAUCCUCUUUCUUAGUGAGAUAUGUAACAGGACAGAGAUCCUCUUUCUCAGUGGGAUAUGAUACGGAACAGAGAUCCUUUUUUUAGUGAGAUAUGAUACAGAACUGAGAUCCUCUUUCUCAGUGAGAUCUGUAACAGAACAGAGAUCCUCCUUCUCAGUGUGAUAUGGAACUGGACAGAGAUCCUCUUUCACAGUGAAAUAUGUAACAGAACAGAGAUCCUACAUCUCAGUGAGAUAUGGAACAGGACUGUGAUCCUCCUUUUUCUCAGAGAAUUAUGGAACAUGACUUCCAACAACAACACUGAGGGAAGGGGGGGUAAGCACAAGGGGGCCUUUGGUUCCUUUUGACAGUUCUCUUUCUCUCUAGCUGUCUCAUGUUCUUUCUCCUUCCCCAUGAUCCCAAUUUUUGGUCCUAGAUCCUUUUUCCUCUCUGAUCCAUGCACAUGCCUCUGUUUUGGCUUGCAUGGAACAACUUUGAGGAUUUCCUUUUCUGCGAGAGUGAAAGUCAGGAUCUCUUUGUGAUUCUUCUUCUGUACUCUUCCUCUUCCUCCUUUUUUUAAACUUGCGGUGCUACUGUAUUCUCGGUUUCAGUAUGGGUGGAGUCAGAUGAGAUUGUGUCUCGCGGUGAUUUUUGGUGUUUCUUACACGCAGCCAUGUUCCCAUGGCAGUAACGUCCUGUGUACCUUGUCAAAUUAACAGACACCAGCUACUCACAAAGUACAAACUGUAUGUAAAUAUAUAGGUCUUUGCACAGUAUCUCCGUGUCAGUACCAUGUGGUCUAAAGCAAAAGAAAAAAAGAAAGAAUCUUUAUAUAUGCUUUACAUUUCUUUGUCUCAUUAACAAUUUGCACUUAUUUAAAAGAGUUUUUUGUGUUCUGGUUAAGGGAGCUGUUUUCAGGCUCUGGCUGUGAAAGCCCAGAUAUUGUAUAAUAUGUAUAUGUAUUUUUCUUCAUAUGCAUAUAAAUAUAUGUCUAUGUAA